GGACGAGGGAGGGAGGGAGGGUUGUCGCCGGUGUCGCCAUUGCUGGGGCUCCGAUCUCGAAUUUCGUCGAACAGGCUGCGGGCGGAUGGAUCGGGCGAGGGAUGAGCUCCACAAUUAUUGGGCGACGAAUUUAGAAAAGAUCUGCCCUCCGCCAGACCAAGCUCCAGUGUCGGUGGACAAGAUUGCUUUAGAACGCCGUCAAAUAACAACACACGCAACCACAGAUCACUUCACUCCAACCGUCGCCGCUGCUCCGUCCACUUCACCACCAACCGCCGCUUCGUUCUCCUUCCUCCUUCUCAUUUUUAUCACCUCUCAAAGCAGAGGAUAUUGGAUAUCAAUCAAUUAAGCAUGGCGUCCAAGGUCGUCGUCGUCCUCGUCUUUCUCUUCGACCUCAUCGCCUUCGCCCUCGCCGUCGCCGCCGAGCAACGCCGAAGCAGCGCGCGGGUGGUGUCGGACUCGGAGGACAACUACAACUACUGCGUCUACGACUCCGACAUCGCCACCGGCUACGGCGUUGGCGCCCUCCUCUUCCUCCUCCUCAGCCACGCCAUUCUCAUGAUCCUCACCAACUGUCUCUGCUUCGGCCGUCGCUCCCUCGCCCCCGGCGGCCCCCGCGCCUGCACCCUCCUCCUCUUCCUCCUCUCCACGGUGACGUUCAUAAUAGCAGAGGCGUGCUUGUUGGCCGGAUCGGUGCGGAACGCGCACCACACGCGCUACCGGAACAUGUUCUUCGACGGUGACCUUUCCUGCGACACCGUGCGGAAGGGCGUCUUCGCCGCCGGCGCCGCCUUCGUCUUCUUCACAGCCCUCCUCACUGAACUCUACUACAUCUUCUACUCCAAGGCCGUCGCCUCCGACGAGCUACCCUACGGCUCCGGCGCCGGCGCCGUCGGCAUGAGCUCCUUCCAUUAGAAGUCUUAAAUUUUGUGUUUUUUCUUCUUCUGUGGAAUUAAUCAACGAUAUUAAUCCUCUCUGUAUUCGAAUCGAACUACAUUGAACCUUCUGUUUGUGUU